AUGGAACUGCGCAAAAUGAGCACAGCCAAGCAGCAGCAGCAGCAACAGCAGCGCGAAGAUCGCCGGUACUCGAUGCCGCACGGGAUGCACGGUACGCUUCCACCGGGGGCAACGGAUGAUCUGCACGCUUGGUCCAUCUAUCGCCAAAAUCUGAACUCAGACUUUGCCGACUCGGCCCUCGGUUCGUCGGAUAAAUCACCCAAACCGUACGGCUCUCAGUACCACCAGCGAGACACGGCCAUCUUGAACCACCCACGCUAUGGCCCCAAGCAGAACCCGAUCAACUCGAACAUGUACACCUACCUCAAGUUCGGCUUACCACGCGUUUUCCCACCAAACGGUGGCCAACCGAUGGCAAACGGACGUCCAGGACGUGCGUCAGCCAAGGCGAAUGGACGAGGCCGCGUUAACCGGGGCUACCGAGACAGUACUGGACCUGGUCCUGGAUCAUCGGGAUACGACAGUAGCGACAAUGAAACGAACCGUGGUCGUGUACCGGCCAACCUCAGGAAGUACCGCAGUGAGUCGGACUUUCGGGCGAUUGGAGCCACUGGUACGUCACGACCGAGUUCUCGCGCUCAGGGCAUCCCACUGGCCGCACUCAAGCAGGCAAAUAGCCGAGCCAGCAUAGCGGGCACACACGUCUACAACCCGUACGCGACCAACCUGCGCCAUCACAACCUACGCUCGCAGAGUGAGGCCGAUCUGUUGGCCGAAUGGGACUACGACGACUCACCGACGUACGGCGAGACACGUCUCUAUCCAGAGGACGCACUAUACGCGACCCAAAGCCGGCGACACUCGAUGGCAGGUCUCGUGUACCCCAACAUCCAGGUACAUUGUCUAGACGUACUGCCAGGUCUGCGUGGAGUGUCACUGCAGGCGAAGGCAGGUGAUCUGUUCGCGAUUAUGGCUACGGCUCAACGUGAAGGCACAGCUCUGGUGGAAGCGUUGGCCGGCGUUCGUCAACGCCUUGGUGGUGAGAUCCUGGUAAACGGACAGCAGGUUAACCGACGUAUCCUGCGCCAGCUGUGUGGGUACGUUCCGGCACUUGGUGCAGCUCCACUAGACCCACGUAUGAGCGUUCAGAGUACACUGUCAUUCGCGGCGGCCUUACGUGGUCCGUACGAUCGAGCCGACCUGAAAGAGCGCAUCGACAUUCUGGUGGAGGACCUCGGUUUGACGGCGGUUCGUUCGGCAAACGUGUCCCGGUUGACGCACUCCGAGAAGCAAAGACUGAAUGUGGCUUGCCAGCUGCUGACGCAAGCCUCGAUCCUGCUGCUCGAUCAGACCACCAUCAACAUGGACAUCUUCGAUACGUUCUUCCUCGUGGAGUACCUGCGGCAGUGGUGCAGUGCGGGUCGGAUUGUGCUGAUGACACUACAGCCGCCCACCUUCGAGAUCCUGUCGAUGUGCUCAGGUGUACUGCUGCUGUCAGGUGGUCGUACAGUAUACUCAGGCAGUAGAGCGGAUCUGCCGCGACAUAUGGGUCAGCUUGGGUAUCCGUGUCCACCGUUCAAGAACCCCGCCGACUACUAUCUGGAUCUGGUCACACUCGACGAUCUGUCUGCGGCAGCGUUGCUGGAGUCGUCUGCUCGCAUCGAGUCACUUGCUAACUCGUGGGAUCACGUGAAUGCUGAGCCACCGUUGGCUGCACCUGUUACGAACCUGCCCGAACCCACACGUAGUGCUGGGUUCUUCUCACAGAUCCAUGCCCUCGCUAAGAGGUAUAUGACGUACAAGCAACCGGGUUCACUGCUCACCUGGAUAAGCCGAUUGAUCCUGGCUGCCGUCCUGUCACUGUUCAUCGGUUGCAUCUUCUGGGACGUACCGGCUUCUGAUCCCCAGCUCAACUUGAACGAUCGUCUUGGCUACCACCACUGCAUGAUGAUGGUCGCUCUGUGGCCACUACUGCUUCUACAGAUCCGAGACGUCCAGGAAGACCGGUUGCACGCGGAGAAAGAUCUCCAGUUGGGACUGUACGGGCGUUUCCUGUACCUGCUGAUCCAGAGCACGCUGAGCGUGAUGCCGAGCUUGUGCAUCUGGUUGGCGUAUCUGCUGCCCGCCCACAGCAUGGCCGGUCUCUACUCGUACACGAGCAACAACGAUACCGGCAUCUACUUGUACAUGGGUUACAUGCUGCUCUACCUAAUGGCCAUACAAACGGUCGUGCUGUUCAUCGCGCACCUGAUCCCGUGCGGCGUGUCAGCUUCGAUAGUCACCACGCUCGUGCUUCUGCUGAUGGCAGCUGCCGGCGGAUUCGCUCUUCACGUCGCAAACGUACCCGAUUACCUACGGUGGGUCGAACUGGUGACCCCACAGAAAUGGCUUACGCCUCUGCUCACCGAAAACGAGUUCAGUGCGGACACGCUGGCGAGCAUCACCAGCCAGCAGCAGUGCCGAAACAAGCAGGUGCAAUACACCGAGAUCAUCGUGCAGCAGCCGUGCCCUCCACCGAAUGGUACCAUCGUCCUGGCCGACCAUCAACUACUGCAGCGGGAUCACGUGCUGGACACGACCGACAUGUACACUUCGACCGUGCUCGGUUUGCUGCUAACCUGCAUCGUGUUCUUCGCUCUCACGAUGUUCGUCUUCCUGCUCAACUGCCAGUCGCUGUUCAGGAAAAAGGACACUUCCGGUCGGAACGGCAAGCACGCCUAGGCGAAGGUCAACGGAUGCGGUUUCCAUUUUGCCCCCAAAACCGCGUCAAUGUAAAAGUGCUAGUUAAUUUAAUUUUAUCUUCAUUUUGACGACUCUUGUUUCGUCCAAUUGCCCGAAUUGUGGGCGAUCGAAAUUUGAGCCCGGUGUGGUGGUAUGAUUUUGGCCUUCCCUUCGUAUGUAUCAUUAUGUUAACCCUCCUAUCCGUCCAUGUCUCACUUUGAUCUGAUGUCCCUUAGAAUCCCUUUCCCUAGAACAAUAACAAAGGUAGUAGAUGUACUUAAUUUUUAUCAUAAUUAUUAUCGGUUCACCCCGGACAGCCGGAUUCGAACCGCGAGAGGUUGCGAAAGCGAAAGCGCAGUAGAUCGAUCGAUUUUAAAGAUUCUAACACAUAGUUACGGUGGCCGACAUCCUUAUUCAGGUGGCCGACGAACGGACUCAUUUGCAGCGUGCUCGCGACCUGGGCACGGCAUUUAUCGCAGAAGGUAACGGCCGAAUCGGGACACGUGCGUCACACCGGUGGAAAUUUGAAGAAUAAUACUUUUUUUUAAAUAAACGACCACGAAGUA